AAGACGAAAAUGAAGUUUCGUCCAGUUUUUUUUGUAGGUCAUUCUGUUUGUUGUGUUUCGAUUUCUUUCUAGAUUUUCAAUUUUUGAUUAUUUUGAUAUCACUUUUCGUGUGGUCAAUCUCUUGGAUUUUUUUCUUUUUCAACAUAGUUUUUUUUAAGUUUUCGUAAAAUACAUUGCUAUGACGCGUCACGCAAGAAAUUGUACUGCUGGUGCAGUUUAUACAUAUUACGAAAAGAAGAAAGAUGCUCGAAGUUCUGGAUACGGGACAGAAACUCAGAGACUUGGUAAAGAUUCGGUCAAAGAUUUCGAUUGCUGCUGUUUAACGCUACAACCUUGCAGAAAUCCUGUUGUAACCCGAGAUGGUUAUUUAUUCGAUAAAGAAGCUAUUUUGGAAUAUACCAUCGUGAAAAAAAAUGAAAUUAGCAGACAACUAAAGGAAUAUGAGAAACAAAAGAAGAAAGAAGAAACAGAAUUAGCGGAAUUAGCCGUUGCAGAAAAACGUUCAAAAAUUGUACAUUUCUUGAAAAAUGAACAGACGAUUGCUUCUUCGCAACCAUCAACUUCUGGAGCGGUAAACAACUCAAUCUCUAAUAUGGCAAAUGGAAAAGAUAAGCAGCUACCCAGCUUUUGGUUACCAUCUCAAACACCAGACGCUAAAACUAGGAAGUUAGAAAAACCUGACACUACGGUGUAUUGUCCCAUGAGUGGAAAACCAUUGAAAAUUAAAGGUUUAAUUGACGUGAAAUUCAAAGAAAUCAAAGAUUCAUCAGACAAAACAAAACUGAUUGCUAAAAAAGAGCGUUACGAAUGUGCAGUUACUGGUGACGUCCUGAGCAAUUCUAUUCCAGUUGCUGUUUUAGCUACCACUGGCGAUGUUGUGACAAUGGAAUGCGUUGAGAAAAUCAUCAAGAAAAAUAUGAUACAUCCGUUAACCAAUGAAAAACUUAAAGAAAAAGACAUAAUUCCUUUGCAACGGGGUGGUACCGGGUAUGCACAAACGAAUAAUAGUUUGAAAGUUGAAAAUCAUAGACCCGUUUUGCAAGCUUAAUCUACCUCACUUAUUUUUGGUGAUCAUUGAUCGAAUGAUCGAUUAUUUAAAUUAUUCGCAGUGAUGCUAACUCAGUUGCGAAAAAGCCUGUAGAUAAAUUAAAGGAAAGCGUACACCAGCAAUCUUCUUAAAAAUUUUCCCCAGAUCCAUGUUCUCUACAGCCAGCUGUUGGUUGAAUAUUUUAAUAUGUACAGUAUGUCAGUAAUUUUUUUAUUAAAAUAAAAUUGUUGUAAAUCUCA